AUGGUCUCCUCGCAGCCCUUACUGCCAGGCCUGGGAAACCUCGCCGCGCCACCUUCUUCCACAAGCGAGCAGGAACUAGAGGGUGCCCUUUCUGACCUUGCGCCGGUUGCUUACCCCGCUUCCGACCUCCUCGCUGAAAACCGUUUGACAGACAUUCUUUGCCCAGACUACCCCCUGAAAAAAGCCUUAAAAAUCUUAGGAACUCAGCCCGAAGCCGUCACCCUGUUCUUGAGCCCACGUCACCUCGAACGGCUACAACUUCCAGAUGGAAUCAAGGCUUUUAUCCGGGUGCUCAGGAACCCGGCGAACGGCCAUGUGGUUUACCUUAUUGGGACCGUCCACGUGUCCGAAGUGAGCGCAAAUGACGUCAGCAUGCUCAUUGAGGCGGUCAAGCCGGACGUUAUGGCUGUUGAGCUUGACCCUGUCAGGCUACGUAACAUCGAACUCGGGGCUCACAAACGCAUCCCUCAGCAACUAGGGACGACGGCGUGGGAGGUACUUUGCUUCAAGUGGUAUACAAAGAAGACAAUCUUGCAAAUAUGGGAUUUGUACUUCGACACGUUCCUCGCACAGCUUACGUGGGAGUCCGUGAAGGCUGCUUUUGCCAAGGACCUUGAAGAAGCACUCGUCCCCUGCGAGGAUCCGGAAGGCGUCAAAGAAGCCUUCGGUAGAGUUUUGGCAGCAUACCGACGCCCGGUGCCGUUGGCCGAUGUCGCCGCUUACCGCGCCUGCGGCAGAAGGACCGUUGAGAAACUGCGACGUGACAGCUUCGACCAUGGGCUGCAGGGAGAUUGGGCGACCAACAAAGACUACGCAUGCGUGAAGGCCGCGCUCGUUGACGAAAGGGACCAUCAUAUGGCCUUUACGCUCGCCCAGCUGGCGGCCCAGCACAAGAAAGUCGUGGCGGUCGUCGGGGCCGCACACGUCCCUGGAAUCACUGCCCAAUUCGCUAGAUACUCUUUGGAGUUUCACGUCAGUGAUGAGGGCAAAGCAGAGCUGGAGAAGCAACGAGCAGAGUGGGAAGCCGAACAGGCGACGCCAACCGAUAAAGCCCCCCGACUGCCGGAGAUCACGCGCGGGAGAGCGGCGGCCGCGGCGGGCAUCGCAAUAGGCGCCCUUGCCUGCUAUAAGCGCCCGCGCCUUAUGUUGAAGCUGGGCGCUGGCGGCGCUCUUACCGGGGGCGGUAUCCAGAUCGGUCUCGCCGCCCUUACCGCAGAAUGGGCUCACUUCGGCGCGUACCUGGAAGGAGCGACACGCGCCGGAAACAGCGGAGCCGGCGGAACGAGCGACUAG